ACAUCAAAUUAUACUGAAAAACAAAGUUCAAGAGCAAGGAUCAUUCGCUUGAUAAAUAUUUGAUAAUUAUAUCGUCAACGUCAAAUUAUUGUUAUUAUUUCUACUAUUAUUUCAAUUCAACAAUAACAACAACAUGACAACUAUUGAAAAUAUCAAGGUAGACAGAAGGAAAAAACGUUUCCUCAAAUUUGGAUUUUGCGGAAUGAUUUGUCUCAUAAUUGCCUUUGCCAUCAUUCAUAUCAACCCACUGCAAAUGGUUGCGGAUGACAUGCUUUCAAUUCGGAAUGGUUCCUACGCUUUUAAUUUAUUCAAGAAACCACCGCUCGACGUUUUCAUAAGUGUGUAUGUCUUUAAUAUAACGAACGGAGAACGCUUCUUGUCCGGAGACGAUCCAAAAUUAGCAAUUGCAGAAGUCGGUCCAUAUGUUUAUCGUGAAAUUUUGACACACAGAAACCUUACUUUUAAUCCAAAUGGAACAUUAACGUAUGUUCCUCAUCGAGAAGUCGUUUUCUUACCCGAAAAAUCAAUUGGAGAUCCAAAAGAUCACAUUAUUACAGCGCUAAAUAUUCCAAUGUUAGGUAUUUCGACACUUGCACAUGAUUUAUCAUUCUUUGCGGAAUUAGCUGUUAGCACAUUAGUGAAAACGACUUCAUCAGAUCCGUUAUUGACAUUGACUGCUCAUGAUUUUCUUUGGGGUUAUGAUGAUACUUUAAUCUCUCUUGCAUCAACUGUUGUGCCUUCUGUUAUUCCCUUUACGAAAUUAGGACUGCUCGAUAGAAUGUUUGAUGAUGGCGUGAAUGUUGUAACAAUAAAUUUGCCAGAAAGAGUGAAAAAACUUCGAGAAGUUGAGAGAUUAGCGGAAGAAGCAAAGCAAAUGAACAAAAGUAAGGCGACAACAACAGAUAGAGUCCUUGAUGAGAUGUUCAAUGCAUUGGACAAUGAAUCAAAUGAACGAAUGGAAAACCAAAAAGAACAAAAGAAAGAGCAAGAAAUGUAUAGUCCUUUGAUUCGUGAUUAUUCGAUCGAUAUGUGGAAUGGUUCUCCGGGUUUGCAUCAUUGGGGAUGGACAAAUGACAAAUCAGAAGCAUUAGAAAAAAAUACCGGAUGUAAUACUCUUCGUGGUAACUACGAUGGUACUCUGUUCCCUCGUAACAUUUCAAAGAAUGAAGUUUUCAAAUAUUAUCGCAAAUGCUUCUGUCGAACACUUCCCAUUGAAUUUACUCAUGAAGGAAUGAUGGAUGGCGUUGAAGCUUAUUGGUUCAAACUUGCAGAUCAUGCGUUCGAAAGUCGUUAUGAUGAUCCUGAAACUGCUUGUUUUUGCAAAAAGAAACAGUGCAUGAAAAAGGGACUUGGCAACAUCACGCCAUGUUAUUGGAAUAUUCCAAUUGCUGUAUCGUUGCCUCAUUUUUACAAUUCAGAUCCAUCUUUAAUAGAAGGCGUAGAUGGUCUCAACCCGCAAGAAGAGAAACAUGGAAGCAUAAUAGCAUUGCAACCUAAAUUAGGAAUACCGAUGAAAGUUCGAUCGCCAAUUCAAAUAAAUCUUGUGAUGGGUGAUGCAAAAUUCAACAGUCGUAUUAAGAACUUCCGAAAUACAGUGUUUCCUCUUAUUUGGGCAGAAAUUCGUGUUGAUAGACUCUCUGAUGAAUUAAUAUUGUUGCUACAAAUGCUGUUUGUUUAUGUUCCUCCAAUACAAGCAGGGUUCGCAUACUUACUUGCUUUGACGGGAGUUUCGUUAUUUGCUAUUGCAUGUUUAUCCAUCUUGUGUGUGCCGCCAAAAACAACUCAAGAAAAUUUGUACAGCAUUAAUAACAAUUGCUCAAGUUUUGGUCCAAAGCGAGAUAUAAGAUACUCUGCAGUGCGAAUUUUACCAUUGAUUGGAAGGGAAAUGGAAAAAUAUUAUGAAAAAGAUGACGAUAGAUUAGUUUAAAAAGGCCAUUAUUAUAGGUGUUUCUUGUCAAAUUAUAAUAAAAUGUAAUAGUAAGAAUGGGAAAAUAUUUACUUAUCAGCUCAAUUUUAUACAAAAAUUAGAUUAAAUAAAAUAAUACAAAUGUGAUAUCUAGUCAUUUAAG